AUGAACGACACAAGAGCCAAACUGCUUUUUGUCGACGCAUACGAUUCAUUCUCAGAAAACAUCAUCUCACUGCUGCACGAAGUACUUGAUGUCUCGGUCACCGUCAUUCAGAUUGAUACUGACAUCAAGGGCCGACACGGCGUCAGCGACAGUGAUUACUUUGCUCGAUUUCAUGCUAUCGUUCUAGGACCUGGACCUGGAGAUCCGUUGAACGAUGCGGACAUCGGACUGUUCAAAUCAGUGUGGGCAGUUGCUGCACAGCAGAAGAUUCCCGUGCUGGGUAUAUGUCUCGGAUUCCAGAGCCUUUGCGCCACGUAUGGUAUGAGGAUCACACGCUUGGAGACUCCAUGUCACGGUCACGCCAAACCCAUCUAUAGCUACCACAACGACAUCUUCACAGCCACUGGGCAUGUGGUCGCUACAUGUUACAACAGUCUAGGUAUAAGAAGACCGGAACCUGGUUGGAUAACGCCAGUGUCACGGCCGCUAAGUCGAGGGUCUGAUUGCAGCUCGGAGGCUGUAUCUAGGAGAAGCUCCUUGGAGAUGGCCCAAAACUAUGGCAUUGACGAGGAUGGUUCUGGUCUGAGAUUCCUUGCCUGGGACGAUGACGGCUGGCUUCAAGGCGUGAGGCACGCGACUCUGCCAUUUUGGGGCUUGCAGUUUCAUCCGGAAUCGUGCAAGUCAAAUAAAGUAUGUCACACUAUCAUCAGGAACUGGUUCGGUCUGGGCCGCGUGAGCAACAAGGAUAGACUGGUUGCCUCUGAGACGACAGCAAGGGAUGUCACGCCACCAGCACGAAGCGGCGCUCCACCGGAUCCUGAGAAUAAUGCCCUACUGCGUCGUCUACUAUCCCUGACUUCCGACCGCAACGAGGUCAUCUCAAAGCGCAUGCAGCUCAGUCUCGAUCGCCGCCAUAUGGCCGAAGCUUGCUACGACCUAUCAAACUGGGAACGAGUCGCAAUGCUUGAGUCUUCCAAAAAGGGACGCUACAGCAUCUACGCCUUCACUGACGACAAGACAUGGACUCUCGAACAUUUACAAGGAUUGUGCAAGGUGACCACCAACGAUCACGUCGAAUCACACUCAUGUCCUCUAGGUGAGGCGAUGAGUGUGAUCGAAUAUCUCAUGAACGCGCGAUUGCUGCCCAAUGGACCAGCAGAGUCACCAUUUUGGGGUGGUCUAGUCGGCUACUUCUCCUACGAAAUGGGCCUGGAUCUCCUGAGCAUCGAUGAUCCCCUGAUGAACUCCAUACCAAGAGAAGUACCUGAUUAUAGUCUCAUGUGGGUCGAUCGAAGUAUCGUCAUCGACAAGAUCGACGGGACAGUUCAUGUGCAGUCACUGCGACCUAACGAUGAGGAGUGGCUAGAAUCAACCUCAAAGGUCAUCUUAGCUCUGGCCACCUACACUGCCCCGCCUCUUCGAACACCUACUAUAUCACCAGCAAAAGCCACUCUCCCUUCCCACAGUACCUACACCUCCCAAAUCGCCUCCUGCCUAACGCAGCUACACGCCGGCAAUUCGUACGAACUCUGCCUCACCACCUCUACUCCACUCACACUGCCAGCAGACACCUCGCCCUUCUACCUGCACCAACAACUCCUCACGCAUAACCCAUCAACUUACUCCGCCCUCCUCGUCCUUCCUUCAGUCACAAUCCUCUCCUCCUCGCCCGAACACUUCCUCAGCUGGUCGCGGCCCGGCCUCAUAUUCCCAGACACGGUGCUGAGCAUGAUGCCUAUGAAAGGCACGCUCGCCAAGCGGGAAGGGAUGACUUCCGCGAUGGCGGAGAAGUUGUUGCGGACGCCCAAGGAGGAGGCGGAGAAUCUGAUGAUUGUGGAUUUGAUUCGGCACGAUUUGGCGCGAGCAUUGAAGGAUACUGCGAGAGUGGAAAUCACAGUGCCACAACUAUUCGCGCUGGUGGAGGCAGAGACGGUAUACCAGUUGAUCUCGCAUAUACGGGCGAGGGUGCCUGCUCCGCUGCCAACUCCUGUUCCGGCCACGCCACCAUCAGGUCCACCGACGUUCUGGCCAGAGCCACCAGCGACUGUGCUGAAGCAUCAGCGCACAGCGACUCUCAAACACGCAAUGGCCGCCCUAAGGUCGACCCUGCCGCCCGGCUCCAUGACAGGUGCGCCCAAGAAGCGGAGCUGCGAGAUUCUGCGAGGCCUCGAGCGCAGGAAUCGUGGCGUGUACGCCGGCGUGAUUGGGUACUUGGAUGUUGGUGGGGGCGGGUGCUGGAGCGUGGCUAUCAGAUGCGCUUUUUCGAGCAACAGCGCUAGAAGAGAUGAUGGCACGAGGGAGUGGCAUGUCGGCGCAGGCGGCGCGAUCACGGUGCUGAGCGAGAUCGAGGGCGAGUGGGAGGAGAUGCAGGUGAAGAUGGGGAGCGUGUUGAGAGGAUUUGGUGUAGUUGAGGGCUGA